AUGGAACAGCGGAACCGGCUCGGCGCCCUCGGAUACCUACCGCCGCUGCUGCUGCACGCCCUGCUGUUCUUCGUGGCCGACGCUACAUUCACUGAAGUCCCCAAAGAUGUGACAGUGCGGGAAGGAGACGACAUCGAAAUGCCCUGCGCGUUCCGGGCCAGCGGAGCCACCUCAUAUUCGCUGGAGAUUCAGUGGUGGUACCUCAAAGAGCCUCCCCGGGAGCUGCUGCACGAGCUGGCUCUCAGUGUGCCAGGCGCCCGGAGCAAGGUAACAAAUAAGGAUGCAACUAAAAUCAGCACCGUGCGCGUCCAGGGCAAUGACAUCUCCCACAGGCUGCGGCUGUCUGCCGUGCGGCGGCAGGACGAGGGUGUGUACGAGUGUCGCGUGUCGGACUACAGCGACGACGACACGCAAGAGCACAAGGCCCAGGCACUGCUGCGCGUGCUCUCGCGCUUCGCGCCGCCCAACAUGCAGGCUGCCGAGGCCGUGUCCCACAUCCAGAGCAGCGGCCCUCGCCGCCACGGCCCUGCUGCCAGCGCCGCCAACGCCGCGGGCACCACGGGCGCUGGGGGCCGCGCCGCCACCUCGGAACCCGGGCGCGGCGACAAGAGUCCGCCGCCCGCCGGGGUCCCGCCCGGUGUCCCGGGCCCCGGAGUCCCCGAAGCCGCCGCCGCCUCGGCGGCCCACACUGCCACCACCACCGUUGCGGCCGCUGCCGCCGCCUCCUCGGCGUCACCACCACCGGGCCAGGCGGUCCUUCUGCGCCAGCGGCACCGCUCGGGUAAGGGCGGGCGCCGGGAGCGAGGCGCGCACGCGCGAGGCGGGCGGGGUCUGCGGCAGCGCCCCGGGCGGGCUCUCGGCUCUGCCGAGCGCACGGGUCCUCGCGACGCCACAGACCCGCUGCUGUACCUGCUCCUGUUAGCUGUGCAUAAGCUGCUGCGCGUGCUCGUGGGGCACUGA